AUGGCUCACAGCUGCUCAAAGCGCGGCGACCUGCGGCAGACCGAGGGCACAUUGCGAGAGAUCCAGGUCAAUUUGCUUGAGUGUAAAGUCUGCUUUGAGAAGUUCAACGCUCAACAGGCCGAGCGCAGGCCGCAGAAUCUGUCGUGUGGUCACGUCUUGUGUGCGGAAUGCAUCAGGGUUCUGACCCACCCUGUCCUGAGGAAGCUGGAGUGCCCCUUCUGUCGACAGCUGUGCCCUGUUGACGCCACCUCCCAUUGUCAAGUUCUAUGUGACCUGCAGGAGCUGCUCUUAUUCAGUCCUGUGGCACCUUGCCUGAAGAAAGAGACAGAAGAAGAGGCCUCGGGUGGGAGUGGCAAGGCCUUAAGUCUCUGCUUGACUUUUGGUGGCUGGGGGACCCUAAUUAACCCUACUGGAUUGGCGGUAAUGCAAUCUUCUGGAACUGUAUUUGUAGUGCACGACGGUGAGAAAAGGGUGGUGGUAUUUGCUCCUCAGGGGAAGAGGCUGCACACCUUUGGGCAAAGAGGACAUGCCAGUGAAGAUGUGUGUUACCCAUUGGAUGUGGCGGUGACCCCCUGCGGCCACGUAGUUGUGACCGACGCUGGAGAUAAAGCCGUUAAGGUGUUCACAUCCAGGGGAACCCACGUGAUAACGGUUAAGGGCAGCUUGUCCAUGCCAUGGGGGGUGGACACGGACAGCAGCGGCCACAUCCUGGUGUCGGAUAUGAAUGCGGGAACACUAUCUCGUAUCAAAGUGGACUACAGACAGGGCAUCACACUACAGGAGGGUGUAGUGGUGACGCAGUUGGAGUGCCCCAAAGCGGUGGCGUGCUGCAGGACGACCAGUCACACGGCAGUGAUGGAACAUGUGCACUCAACAAGAAAGCAAAGUUACUCCAGAUUGACAGUGUUCACGUCAGACUUCCACAUCCUCUAUCAGACAGACACUUUAAGUGUGAACCUGAAAGCUUCCGUCAAGAUCAACAUGUCUACUGUGACAUUUGACAAAAAUGGACACCUAAUUGUAGUCGACUCCCUUCAGGGGAUGAUUUGGACUUUUGGGAGUGUACAACAUGCUCCUGUUCUCACUCCUCUUGUAGCAGAGCAACUUAUUAGACCUGUUGGACUAUUGAUGUUUAACAACACUCUUAUGGUUGUGGACGGUGGAGACCACACAGUCAAGGUGUACUCAUGA